AUGACUAUGAUUAAUUGCACUGAUGAUUAUGAUUUUUACGAAAGUACAGAAAAAUUCCUUCUAGAAAUUUGGUUAUCAUUUUUAAAUGCAUUGUCACGUAUUUUGGCCUUGCCAUUCAUCAUAAUUGGUUUGAUCGCGAAUGCAGUGUCUGUUCGCAUUUUUUCUCAUCGACAAAUGCGUUAUGAGCCACUUAAUUGGAAUUUAUUGCUUUAUUACAGUACACCUUAUAUGUACGCAUCUAUGACAUUAGCUCAAACCCUUAGUGUAUGGAUGACCACAGUAAUGUCAGUACAUCGGUUUGUUGGAGUUUGUUUGCCGUUUAAAGCUCAGUCUAUCCUGACUAGACGUAAUACUAUAUUUUGUAUCACUGCUAUUAUUGUUGUUCCGAUCCUUUUUAAUUCAACACGUUUUUUUGAGGUGCACAUUGAAAGUGCUUGCUAUGUAUCGCAAAUUGAUACAGAAUUACCUGUAUUAGCUGCAACACAAUUACGAAUUAAUGCAAUUUAUCGCAAAAUAUUUUAUGAAUGGGCUUAUACAGUUAUCAUAUUUGCUAUACCUUUUACGAUCUUUAUUACUGUUAAUACAGCAGUUAUUUUCGUUGUUCACAGGUAUUAUUUUUUAUGA